GAACGCGCCUGCUUCAUCAGUCUGAGUCCUGGCAAAGUCGAAGCCGUAGACGCCCAGGCCUCCUAUCCUCUACCCGAUGGUUCCACGCUGGAGAUUGGUCCUGCGAGGUUUAAGGCUCCGGAACUACUCUUCCGGCCUGAUUUAAUUGGAGAAGAAUUCUUCGGCAUUCACCAGGUAAACACUGUGCUAAGGUGCACACUUUCUGUAACAGGCAUCCUGUCUUGGUGA